UCGGUCGGCUGACUGUACAGGACCGUGAGGGACCAGAUGAGGUACUUCCACUCGAGGCGAGGAGAUUGGGGAGAUCGGUCCCUCUCCGAUGCCGAGGCGGACGAUUGCAGGGGGGACCGCGAGACCGAGCGUUGUGCGGCGUGGUGGUUUGACCAUGGACGUGCCCACCCGGAGUUGCGCACCAUCGCCAUCCGUGUCAUGCACUUGUGGACGUCUGCCUCUCCAACGGAGAGGAAUUGGGCGCAGCACAAGCGCAUCAACACGGCAAGGUGCGUCAAGCUUGGGUUUACCAAGCUUGCACAGCUGGUUGAGAUUGUCACCAAUCUCAAACUGGCCUCGUGCGCACGGCAGGGUGGUGGGUACAUGUUGCCAUGGGUUAUAAGGACUGGUCGAGAGGGGACGGCUGCAGAGGACGAGGAUGAGGAGGGAGACGUGGAGCCCGAGGUGUGGGGAGCGCGACCUGCUGGCAGUGUUCCCGAGCAGGACAUCCAGCGGGAGAUUGUCGCUUUCCAUGACAACCGACCGUUCAGAGCCCAUUCGGUUCAGGACGUGUUCGGCAAGAGGUCGACGGAGCUGCGACCGUGGCCGGAGGGUGGGGAUGAUGCGGAUGCCGAUGCGGGAGACGACGACAUCGACGACCAGUGGACAGACGAUGAUGACGCGCCGCUGAGUGGCGACGCGACAACUGAGCGGGUGUACUUCACUUACGGUGGGGGACGUGCCGGCAUGGCUUCGUUCACAUCAGUUAUCACUGGUGAUGUGCCAUCGACCGGACAGGCGGGUGGCAGCAGCAGAGCCGGCAGUCGUUGUGGAGGACGUUCGCAUGUGGAGGUUGGCGUCGAUGGCUCGGGGGAGCAGGAGCCACGGGGAGGCCUUCGGCAGACAGGCAGGCGUUGGGAGGUUAGGAGCGACAGCGAGGCCGAGGGGGAGGCCAAGAAUGAGGAGGUGCCCCUUCGCGAUCGUCGCUUCUCUCCCUCCCAUCAUCCGAUCUCUGCACAGCCCGAGGCACUUAGGCGUUCAGAGAGGUUGGCGUCGACAGCAGGCAGAGACCGGACACAUGACGGCGAGGAUCGUGGGGGGGAGAGGACUCCUUCCGACGCCGUUUUGCGCCCCCGCUCGCCGUCGGAGCUCUGCACACACGACUUUGACGUCGGAGGACUUGGUGGGGGCUUGGGAGAUUUCAAUGUCAAGGGACGUCGACGUGCCUCACCGUCGAAGGUGCGCACCGACGAGGACGUUAUGCGGGGCCGUGUUGAGACUGAGGAGGAGCGACAUGCCCGUUUGGACCGAGAGGAGGAGGAGCGGCUGCGGAGUUUGCCACGAUGGGAGGGUCGGUCCCCGUAUCUCGAAGAGCAGCGUCGGCAGAGGGAGUUGGAGACAGGAGAGGGGGGAGGCCGUGACGCCGACGACUCGGGUGUCUCUGAGGAGGCAGCUCAGGGGGAGUUCGUUGAUGAGGGACAGGAUGCCGCCGCGGGUGGUGGGUCAGGUGGUGGACGACGCGGCGACAGGGAGACCGCGGGUGAUGAGGGUCAGGAUGUUGCCGUGGGCGGUGGGUCCCCUCGUGGAGGACGUGGUGACGGCGAGACCGCGGGUGAUGAGGGACAGGGUGCUGUCGUGUGUGGCAGGGGAGAGGGUGGACCCGGUGAAGAUGGGGAUGCCGCGGGUGUUGGGGGAGACGAUGGACCAAACGGAGAUGAUGACAACGACCACGGUCCCAAGGACGAUGCGUAUAGGCUCGCCUUGGUGUUGAGGGACCCCACAGUAUCUGCCUUGCGCCCUGACGUCUUAGCGCACACUUUCUUCGACGUCGACACUUUUGAGCAAGCGUUGACGACUGACCCUUUCGCACACACGGUCCGCAUGAGCGGCAAGAGGCGGGCCUCUGGAAGGGAAUAUUCACCGCCGCCGUUCGUGGUGCAGAGCCCUCGAUGGUCGGGUUCGUCGCUCAGCGGCGUGAGAGGGAGGGAGUCCGGAGCGGGUGAGGUGGGGUACGGCAGACGCAGCGAGAGCGACAGAGAUAGUGCAGGAUCGAUGCCUCCACCGCCCGCACGGGCUCCGGAGGCUGGCGUCGACGCCGAGGACCAGACGGCGGUACCCCGAGUUGCGCACAGUGGCAGUUCCCCGUCGAUAGUCCGAGGUGGUGUGGGUGGCGGAUGGUCAACUGUUCGUUGGGCCGGGGACCGGUUGCGGGAGGAUUACGACGCCGGGAGGGACGUCUUCGCGGGACGUACAACAGUUCAAACCCAGGCUAUGGAGGGUGGGUCCGGACGUCCGAGCCUGCAGAUGGCAGGCUGCAUGCUCGGGUUGUUACGAGUGGCGACGAGGAGAUCAUUGGUCCUCGAGGCCGGGGGGACAUCCACGGACAUGCUGCAGGGACAGCAGUACACAUCGAGUAGGGAGGGGUUGUUGAUGCGUCCCGGGACGAGACGACAGCGCGGCCUCUCAGAGGUUGAGGCUCGACUUGCGGCAGAGGUCGCCGCUGGCCAGGCAGCAUUGGACGCGAUUCAGAGGGAGAGAGAGAGGGGGAUUGCUGCACGCGCGGCGGAGGACGAGGACGCAGACACAGAGUCCGAGCUGAUCGAGACUGCGGCCCGCAGACACAGGGCACAGGUGGCCGCGGCAGCCGCUGCAGCACAGGCGGCAUACCUCCGCGGGGCACAGGGCACAGGUGCCGGAGGGAGAGGAGGGCGCCGGGCAGGACCACAUGGCCGCCCGUCCUCCGGGAGAGGCCGCGCGCGCUCUGGAGGGAGAUGACGACGUCUGUGUUUUUUUUUUUUUUUCUUUAGUUGUUUUUUUUUGCAUGGCUGGACGCUCUGUCGGCAGGGUUGUUCCAUAUUUAUGUCGAUGUUGUUCCAUGGAGACGACGACAGUAUGUGGACAUUAGGGUUUCUUUUUUAUUUUUUUUAUUUUUCGUACUCGGUUGUACGGUAGAGACGACGGGUCCAGUUUUUGGCUUCAGCCUUGUACAUAUGCAUUUCCAUUGAAAUGCUUUGUCAUAUAUUUGCUCUUGUUUGUGUUCCUCUCCCAACCUUGGUUUUGCAUCUGAGUCGUUGUUGUUUGGUGAGUGGUUUCUGGUUUGUUGUCGUGAUUGUUGCAAAUUAUGUGCUUCUCCGAUGCCACGCACCUGCAUAUCAUGGAUGCCUCCAUUAUGAAUGUGUUGUUAAUUUCGGAUGCCAAAUAGGGAUGAUGUGCUAAUGAAUGUGUUUUUACACA